AAAGUUCGGGUUCUACCAGUGAAACUAGAGAUGCCAAUGUUCGAGAUUUUUUAAUUGAUGGGAUGUCGUUUAAACUCAUUGAUACAGUUGGUCUUGGUGAUACAAGAUUAACUCAACAAGAAGUUCUUUACAAACUGGCAGAAGCUUUUCAUUCUAUCAAAAACGGGUUAAGUCAAAUACUAUUUGUCACAAGUGGAAGAUUUACCAAAGAAGAAAUGGAUGUUUAUGGUUUAUUAAGAACCGUUAUUUUUGACAAUAACGUUGUCAAUUAUACUACCAUUGUACGAACUAAUUUUCCUGAAUUUGAAGAUGUUGACAAGUGUGAAAAUGAUAAACGACAAAUGAUUAAUGAAAACCAAGAUCUUGCAACAGUAAUUAGAGCAUGUAGAAAGGUUAUACAUAUAGAUAAUCCACCAUUAGUUGGUCGUGCUAAAGAAACCAACAAAAUAAUCAGGGAUGAAUCUAGAAAAAGGAUUCUAUUGCAUUUAAGUGCUUGUAGAGAAGUUUACAAACCAGAAAAUUUAGGCCAAUUAAAUGAAAGAGUUAGAAAUUAUAUGACUGACAAAGAAAAAUUAGAAAAACUUGUAGUUAGCAUUGAAGAAGAUUUGAAGAUACAACAAGAGAGAGUGGCAAGGCAAAAAGAAGAAAUGGCAAAACAAAGAGAAGAAGCGGAAAUUAAAAUGAGAAA